AUGCUAUUGAAUGCUGUACAUUAUUUCAUUUUACAACUCACUGUAUUAUUUUUAUUCAUUGCUGAAACUUCUGAAAAUACUAUCGAUGAUGGUGCUGCUGUAAGUAAGGGUGACGACGCAUUCUUUCCUCACAUUUUCAAAUUCUUAUAUAAGAAUGAACAACUAUUCUCAGCGGAUUGUGCCAGCGAAUUACAACGAUUAUUGGUUACUUCUGCAUUCACUAACACAACUCGUGCUACAACUACUGAUGUUACCCUUGCAAACGUUACUACUAUCUCCAAUACUAUCAUAAAUAACACCAAUAAUACAAUCAAAUAUCAUAAAGGUAAGGAUGAAGUAUGGAAUGAACUGCAUAGAAGAAUUCGUACGAAUCAUGGCAACAGUAACAUAAUCGAUGCGACACGUCAGCCAGCACCUAAAUUACGGAGUGGACAUAGUGGAAAACGGGAAGAAACUCGAUUUAAAAGAAAAUUUCACGGUAAGAUCAUUAAAAAUGAAAAGGCUAUUCAUAAUUACAGAAAGCUAUUAGAUGAAUUAUCCAGCGUGAAUUCAUAA